CCACCACGAACUGCGGUCUAUUUCGUUAGUCAAGCCUUUUCUAUCACUUCUCUGUUCCUCGAGAAGUCUUUCUGAUCAUGCCUAUCCUUAACGGCGACGCUAUGACCAAUGGAUCCGCGGACGGCCUAGACUUUUCCAAAGCCCUCGAGGUACUCAAGAACGAGUACCCCGAGCGCGAUGGGAUAGAUGUGAAGACGCUCAUUGACUCUAAGGUUAACGGUGGUCUGACAUACAAUGACUUCCUGAUGCUUCCUGGCUACAUUGGCUUCCCCGCUUCAGAAGUCACACUCGAUACACCCGUCACAAAGAGAAUUACCCUCAAGACUCCUUUCGUCUCGUCGCCCAUGGACACAGUGACGGAACAUAGCAUGGCCAUCCACAUUGCGCUUCUGGGUGGCUUGGGUAUCAUCCACCACAACUGCUCUAUGGAGGAGCAGGCGGAGAUGGUGCGCAAGGUCAAGCGAUUUGAGAACGGCUUCAUUCUCGACCCGGUCGUCAUCUCGCCGACGACCACGGUCGCAGAGGCAAAGGCGCUGAAGGAGAAGUGGGGCUUUGGAGGGUUCCCAGUCACAGAGGACGGCACCCUGCGCUCUAAGCUCGUCGGUAUCAUUACCCCGCGCGAUGUCCAGUUUCAUGCCAACUUGAACGACCCGGUGACCGCCGUUAUGUCUACCGACCUGGUCACUGCCCGUCAGGGCAUUGACUUGAGGGAGGCUAACGACAUCCUCAGCAAGUCCAAGAAGGGCAAGCUUCCGAUUGUGGACGAGAACUUUAACCUCAUUGCGCUGCUCUCGCGUUCCGAUUUGAUGAAGAACCUCCACUACCCGCUCGCUUCCAAGCUUCCACACUCAAAGCAGCUCAUCUCCGCUGCAGCUAUUGGCACUCGUCCGGAGGAUAAGAUUCGACUCCAGAAGCUUGUUGAGGCAGGCCUUGACAUUGUGGUGCUCGACAGCAGCCAGGGUAACAGCUUGUAUCAGAUCGACAUGAUCAAGUAUGUCAAGGAGAAGUACCCCGGUCUCGACGUAAUUGGCGGAAACGUCGUCACCCGAGAGCAGGCUGCUGCUCUGAUCGCCGCGGGCGUUGAUGGCUUGCGUAUUGGUAUGGGAAGCGGAAGUGCUUGCAUUACCCAGGAGGUCAUGGCUGUUGGCCGACCGCAGGCCACCUCAGUCUUCAACAUCGCUCAGUUUGCCAGGCGAUUCGGCGUACCUUGCAUUGCCGAUGGUGGCAUCCAGAACGUUGGCCAUAUCGUAAAGGGUCUCGCUCUCGGCGCUUCUACUGUCAUGAUGGGUGGUCUGCUCGCUGGUACGACCGAAUCCCCAGGCGAGUACUUUGUCAGUCAUGAUGGUCAGCUUGUCAAGGCUUAUCGUGGCAUGGGCUCUAUUGAUGCCAUGGAAGACAAGAAGGCCGGAGUUGGGAGCAAGAACGCAAAAGCGAGCAAUGCCGGUACUGCGCGUUACUUCUCGGAGGGUGACCGCGUCUUGGUUGCUCAAGGUGUUUCAGGAUCCGUCCGCGACCGCGGUUCCAUUACCAAGUUUGUGCCCUACCUGAUGGCAGGUGUCCAGCACUCGCUCCAGGACAUUGGUGUGAAGAGCGUGAGGGAAUUCCAGGAGGGUGUGCGCAACGGCACGGUUCGGUUUGAGCUAAGAACCGCGAGUGCACAGGCUGAAGGUAACGUCCAUGGCCUUCACAGCUUCGACAAGAAGCUCUACUCUUAGACAUACCCCCCAUGCAUGCAUCUGGAGCGGCGUUUGGUGAGACUUGGUCUAUUUUUAUUGAUGCAGGUGAUUGAUGGCUUAUGGAUUUGGUAUGGCAGAAAAGCAAUGAUACCAUGUUUACUAUCUUCGCUCAGAUUCUCUCCAACUUCUCCAUGCCCCUCCGCUCUCUAUUCAAGAAACCCUGCAAUACCGCAGGAGCUUGCCGUUUACUACGGCAACCCACCUACUCUAGCUUAAACUCCGUCUUCCUCAAGAACUCUUCCAAGUUAGUCAGCUUACCUCUCGCCUGGGCCUUCGCCCACUCAACCUGCUCCUUCAUGUUCUCGCCAUAGUACCCAUAAUCCCUGAACAGCAGGUACAUUUCGAAAAGCUGCUCCCUGUACCCCUCCG